CGUCACGAUUGUAUUGGUUCGUUGUUGUUGAUUGGUAAAGGGAAACGGCUGUCAACUAUUUAGAUACUGAGAUGGAGGGUGCUCGGCGGCAUGCUCAAAACACACGGAGGAUGGACUCGGUCCGUAGUAGAAGUAUCUGUAGGCGUUUCAUAAAUGGCUCUUGCAGAUUUGGUCCAAGGUGUAAUUAUCGUCAUGAAUGGCCAGUUAUACCGUCAGCCCAGAUAUGUAGGUACUUCCAGAAAGGUGGAUGCUGGUAUGGUGAACGCUGCAGAUACCUCCAUGUUCUUCAACCUGAAGUUGAUGCAGCUGUUGCAGGUAGAAGAGGUUCAAUGCCUGCCGUCUCCUCCUCCUCCUCUGUGGCUUACGCUCAACCUGACAGAAGGGGGUCAGAGCCUGCUCUUCUGCAGGCUGAGGUGAUGUCCAGGCAGGAAUGCCGCAGAUCAGAGGUGAUGCCUAAUGUGUCAAAUCCUCAACUCAACAUUGGGCGCCUGGCAGCACAUAUUGCGGAGGAACCAUUGCACGAUACUCUCUCUGAUCACACUGCUUCUUGUGAUUCGAACCAGAGCUCUGAGGAUGCACAAGCAUGUGUUGGAAGAAAUGAGCAGGAGACUUCUUCCAGUUAUACAACAGAGGAUGGUGGAGCUGCUGCUGCGCCCUCUAGUACCCAAGGGAAAGUGGAGGAAAUGCAGGCCUACCUCCAGAGUAAAAAUGUGACUUGUGGGAUCUGCAUGGACAAAGUGUAUGAAAAGACAGACCCAAGAAACCAUGUCUUUGGAAUCCUUCCAAACUGCAGUCACGCUUUCUGUUUACAAUGCAUCAUGACCUGGAGGAAAACAAAAGACCUCGGGCCGGACGUGGUUAAGAGCUGCCCACAGUGCCGCAUAAGGUCACCCUUCUAUGUGCCUAACAACUACUGGGUUGAAGGUCAAGCAAAGGAAAGGGUAGUCGCUGCCUUCAAAGAGAAAUUCAGUAAGAAAAGCUGCAGUUACUACACGAGAUACAGAUGCUGCCCCUUCAAAGCAGAGUGCCUUUAUCGACAUGACAAACAUGCACGUCACAGGUCAUUUCCGUAUCCUACAGAAGAUGAAGACGAUUAUGAUGGCGUCGACCUUCUUAAUCUUUUCAUAGCCAUGACCCUUCUAGGUGGUGAUGACGAUGAUGACGACUUUGACUUUCCUUUUUACCUUUCUGAGGAGUAUGAUUUCUGAGGGGGGGGGGGGUUUCAGUCUUUUUGUCAGUGCCUGAAACCACUGAAUGUGAUGGGGUUUUAAUUAUAAAACUGGCCCCAGAAGAACA